UGUGCUCUGCAUGCAGAUUCUCUCUGUGACCCAGCUUACAGCAAGCUUUAAAUUCCAGUGUGAUGGUGGAUUAGCUGCCUGGCUUUGUCUGGAGCCUGCUUCUGCACCGCUCUCGGGUCACUCCUCUCCUAGCCGGGGUGAAAGUUACAGUAUGCUGCAUCGACUCCAGCUCUACCAAUGAGGACUUGCUGUGACUACUUACCCGGUCGCUGACGAUGGCCCCAAUCUUACAGAGACUAGCUGGAGGCUGGGAGCUCAGCAGUGAGCAAGUGCUCCUCAUAUCAUAUGGCGGUGUAGCCGUUGUAUCCACAUUGGUCAUAAUCACUGUCCUCGUCUUCUUCUGCUCCAGCUGUGACAGAGGGAAGAAGAAGAAACAUCAAAAUGGUGACCAUGAAAACCUGAUGAAUGCGCCUUCUGACAAGGAGACACACAGCCACUCUGUGACCAGCCUAGGAACCGAAGCGCCGGCCAGUAGUUACCGGAAUGGUGCUGUCAGCACUGGUGAUGUCUCAGAAGACAGUGCCGCUACAUGUGUUCCCACAUACGAAGAUGUGCAGAGCUCUCUCCCUGACCUGUGUGAUCCUCAGGACUUCACUGGAAAGUCUAUGAGAUGCCCUCAGGCCAGAGAGUUGCCUCAGAUACCUCCAGAUAAUAACUUGGAAUCUGGAAAUCUUGAAGAAGACGUGCCUCUGUAUAGUGAGGGGCCCUAUGAGGUACUAAAAGACAGUUCUUCCCAUGACAACAUCAUUGAGGACUCUCUCUACGAGACUGUAAAAGAACUGAAGGAUAUCAGCUCAUCGGCCAGCUCAGAGGAAAAGAGUCCCACCAUGAAUAUGCAGCAUCUAGCAAAUGCAGAGUCUAAAAUGGAGGUGAUCGUUGAGUACGCCUCUGUGGACCAUAAUAGAAAGAGCCGUCAGAGUAUUAACACUCAGAGUGCAGGAAGCACUCCGACCUAUCAAGAUGAUGACAUCCCCCCGCCACUUCCAAAAAAACUGUUGGACGAAAACGAGAAUGUGCAGAGUAAAGAAACGGAGGAAGAAAAGCAGGAGCCAGAAGGAGGGGCAAGCACAGAUUGCAAGAGAGAGAGUUGUAUAUCCUACAAAUCUCGGGAAGAAGACCCCUGCCUGACUGAAGACGAUAUUUCUGCCAUGUAUUCAAGAGUUUCUAGAACUGGACAAUCCCUGAGACUUCAGGAAGACCUAUCCCAUUAUUCCUACAUCCAAGACGUUGAGCUCUCACCAGCGGCCUGUAAUGGUACAUAUGCGACGGUCAGGGAUAUUGAUAAAAGCCCCAACCUCAUUGGCUUACCAGCUGCAAUGGACAUGGUAAACGGUGGGCCCGACCCUGAAUAUGAGGCCAUUGCAGCAUUAAGUCAUGAAGAAGACAGGACUAUUACUUUCUCUCAGUCUUGUCAGGGGGUUCUCCAGCAUGGUGAGAGUGACUAUGAAAGUAUUGGGGACCUGCAACAAAAUGGAGACUACACUAGACUUUGAGGAAUGCGAAAAUAAAUGUAUUGGGUUUUUCGCUAAUAGAGCACAAUCCUUUCAAUGGGUAGUGAUCAUAUAUCCUACCUAGUAGUGGACUGACGUCAGAGAGAAAGCACACGUUUGCAUACAAAGACAAAGUCUCCCUGCUGCAUGCAGACAUUUGCAUAUUUUUUUAUUGUGCCAUUUAUUUUAUUUUUUUAAUGUUGGAAAUUUGCCAAAAAAGCUGGAUGACCCUGCACUUGAAAAAUUUCUACGGUACUCCUGUAUCCUAUCCUUUAUAGCAGGGCAAAGAACCAACUUCAAAAUCAGCAAUUUUUACUUGUGUGUAUCUUAAUUUAACUUGACAUUUUUAUAUUGUUGAAAUGUUGUUCUGAGCCUGUGCAUUGUAUGAUAUUGAUGACCCGUUUCAUAGGUUUUACAUGUGUUUUGUGUCACUCAGUAUUUCCAUAAUUCAAUUUAAUUUCUGCCUAGAAGGAGGUUUUCUGAGCGAUGGAGUCUGACUACGGAUGUAUGGGGUCCAGUGCACUUACCUGCCUUCAUGUCUGUCAUUGCUGUGGAUAUGUAUGUGCAGGCAGAUAACUUCUUAGAAUGGGGGUUUAGGGGCCCGUGUAAUGGAUCGCAGUCUCAGAGGUCAGAUCCCCAUUGAUUCCACUGUUCACAUCUAAUUUGUCUGUUGAAGCCUGUAUUACACUGCGCAAUUUUUUUACCAGAUGAUCGCUAACGAGCGUUCAUAGUAACGCUCGUUAGCGAUCAUCUUGCAGUGUAAUACGGACGUCGAUCCAGGAAAGGCGGGCAAUCCAAAUAUUUUGACAUGUUAAAAAAUUGUUUGCAGGUGGCAGAUUGUGGUGUCUAAUAACAAUCUGCCGCUGGCAAACCACUAUACAACAUGGGGACAAGCGAUGGCAUACCGAUCACUCCUCCUCAUGCUGCAGAGAAGAUCGCUGCAUGUAACAGCAGCGGUCUCCUCGCUAGCGAGCAGGCGAUUUCUGGGAGGGAAUGCUUCCCUCCCAACACUCGUCCCCCACAUCGCUGGUGCAUCUGUACCUCUUCUGCAAAUUAAUGCAAAUGCAGCAGAGCUAACACACACUGGGUGAGUUAUCACAUCUAGUUAACUCGUUAUGACUUUGUUAACACUGCUACAUCCAUAAGCCGUGUAACCUCUCCGGACAGGUCUGCUUUACUAGAUAAUUGUAUUCCCCUUGAAAGAACAAGUCAGGGACAACUGGGUGUUACAUGCUAUCCAAUUAGUGCUGAGAGAUUCGCGGUGUGUAGGACACGGUGUAUAUGGUACAAAAAAAGAAACUGCAUGACAAAAUUGUUAAAAAAUAAAUAAAUAAAAAUAGGCAUGAUCCAGAAUCAUAAUUUUGGGGGAAUUCAUGAAUUUACUAAAGCAGACAUUUUUGGAAAACUGACAGGUCCUCUUUUUAAUAGGUGGGAAACCUCUUUAAAAGGGCUUUCCAAGAUUGUAAUACUGAUGACCUAUCCUUAGGAUGGGUCAUCAGUAUCUGAUCGGUGGGGGUCAGACACCCGGGACUCCCACCGGUCAAGUGUUUGAGAUGGCAGCGGCGUUCAGCUGCAUUGAAGUGAAUGGUGCGGCGCUGCGAUACCAAAAUGUACAGCACUGUACUUGGUGAGCAAGGAGAAGGCCAUGGCGCUACUGCGAGCUCUGGUGCCUUCUCAAACAGCUGAUCGGCAGGGUCCCGGGUGUCAGACCUCCACGGAGUAAAAUAUCUUGGAAAACCCUUUUAGCUAUUUUUGGACAAUUAUGGAUGAUGGUUAUUAGAGGGAAGUUUGAUCUAUGAAGGGGUUGUCUGGCCGUAGAUGUGCUUCCUGUUGAGUGUGGGUACUUUUCGGGGCUUUCUGCUGGUACUGUAUAGUGUACUUUCUUGAUACAGGAUGACCCAGCAUUUCUAGACGACCUCCUUUGAGUGGAAAUGUUGAGUUUGAUUUUUAUUUUUUAAGACAUAAUUACAAUAAUUACAAUGUUGAAGUUCUCAAUGUCUUUAUAAGACAGGAAAGUAUUAUAGAAGUAAAGUAACCUUGUAGAGUGUGUCCUCCCCGCAUUGUGGUUCUGUGUAGGAUGUGCUGAUACAUGAAAUGGUACUACAGUACAGUAAGUGGUCGGUGUUAUAAUAAUAUUGCUGCACAAAGGAUAAAAGCUCCAGGAUGCAUGUAGAUGUCAGUAUUAAUGGUGAUCAUAUAUUUUCACGCCCCCUCCGCUUUCAGCUGCUUUGUGUUGGACAGAACUACUUUAGGCUUACAUUUUAUUGACCCCUUUAGAAGACUUCUCAUUCUAAGGGCACAUUGGGGGGGGGGGGGGGGGCAUUACUAAU